GCCCAUUAGUCCAAGACCUAAACCGCCGCCUCCUUCUUCCUCUGCCCGUGCAACCCCGCCGUCCCCCGCGCCGCCGCGCCGCCUCGCCGGACCUCCGCCGCCCAGACCUCGCCUCCUCCUCCUCCGGAGCUACAUUGAGGUUUGAUUGAGCGGCAUGGGGUUGAGGGACAAGACCAAGACCGGCGAGGGGAAGGAUUUCCCGGUGCCUGUUAAUCAGGCAGGGAGGAAAGUCUUGAAGAAGGGGAAGAAGAAACAGGAGCCGGACCGCCAGAAGCAGGCCGAGAAGAAGCGGCGUCGGCUGGAGAAAGCGCUCGCAAACUCCGCCACCAUCAUCUCACAGCUGGGAAAGAGGAAGCAAAAUAAUAAGAAAGAGGAGCAGGAAAGGCCGGACGAGGAGGAAGCCGCUUCGAAGCAGAAAGAUGAACUGGGCCGCCAGAAGCAGUCUGUGAAGAAGCUGCGUCGGCUCGGGAAAUUACUCGCGAACUCUGCCGCCAUCGUUUCAGAGCUGGAAAAGAAGAAGCAGAAGAAGAGAGAGGAGCAGGAAAUGCUGGACGAGGAGGUCGCUUCGAUAGCCGAAGCGGUUGCCCUUCAUGUUUGCAUUGGCGAGGGCUCCGGUGAAUCCCGCCGUCUGGUGAUGAACGGGUACAGAAGAUGCGAUGGCUGGGACCCCGAUGCUGGUUUCAACCUUUACAUGGAGAUGUGAAGAAGAAGAUAUGUACAACGUAGCUCGUCGUCAUAGUGUUUUCUGUACAUAGUCGCUGAAGGUGUGCCUGCGUGCGGCCUGUUCCUGCUAUCAGAUGAGAAGAAUCCGAUCUCAUAGUUGUUUCGCCCUUUGCUAGCUUUUCGUCGGUCGGUGUAAUAUGAUUUUGCAUCUGU